UAGUACUACAACAAGAACCUACUUUUCCCAAACUCAUCCACUCAAACCUUUCCAUCUUAUAUACAUCUCUCACUCUUCUCUUUCUUUGCAAUCUCUUACACUUACAAUAAUAAUAAUAAUAUUACCAAACCACAAAACAAACACAACACUUCAAAUUCUUCUCUCUUUUCCCCCUCAAAAUCAAAAUGAACCAUCAUCAACCAUUCUUCUUCUUUGGACUAAUAGUUAUUAUUUCCAUGACCAACAUGUCACAUGUUAUCAGCACAAACCAAUCUGAGUUUUUUUCUCUAAUGAAAGAGUCUCUCUCAGGAAACUACCCUUUUGAUUGGGGUGUAAGCAAAGUGGAUAAACCAAUCUGCGACUUCACCGGAAUCACCUGUGACAACAAAGGAGACAUCAUAAGUCUUGAUUUUUCAGGUUGGUCAUCACUUUCCGGAAACUUCCCGUCAAAUAUUUGCUCUUACCUUCCAAAUUUACGUGUCCUAAACCUCGGUAAUACAAAAUUCAAGUUCCCAACAAACAGCAUAAUCAACUGUUCUCACUUAGAACUACUCAACAUGAACAAGAUGCACCUGUCAGGAACACUUCCUGAUUUCUCGUCUUUAAAAUAUCUCAGAGUCCUCGACUUAUCAUACAACUCCUUCACCGGCGAUUUUCCCAUGUCUGUUUUCAACCUCACCAAUCUUGAAAUUCUCAACUUCAACGAAAACAGUAAACUCAAUCUUUGGGAAUUACCAAAAAGCUUUGUAAGAUUGAGAAGUCUUAAAUCCAUGAUUUUAUCAACAUGCAUGUUGCAUGGUCAAAUUCCACCAUCCAUAUCAAAUAUAACAACACUCAUUGAUCUUGAAUUAAGUGGAAAUUUCCUCACAGGUCAAAUUCCAAAAGAACUUGGAUUGUUGAAAAACUUGCAACAGCUUGAACUUUACUAUAACUACUUCCUUGUUGGCAGCAUCCCUGAAGAGCUUGGAAAUUUAACAGAACUUGUCGAUUUAGAUAUGUCGGUAAACAAGUUAACUGGAACAAUCCCUUCUUCUGUUUGUAAACUUCCAAAGCUUCAGGUUCUCCAAUUCUACAAUAACAGUCUCACAGGUGAAAUUCCAAAAUCAAUUGAAAACUCAAAAACACUUAGAAUAUUGUCACUUUACGACAAUUUCUUAAGUGGACACGUUCCUGCGAAACUAGGACAAUCCUCCGGAAUGGUUGUUCUUGAUUUGUCCGAAAACAAGUUGUCUGGCCCUUUGCCAGAACAUGUCUGUCAAGGAGGUAAACUGUUAUAUUUUCUUGUUUUGGAUAACUUUUUCUCUGGUGUUAUACCAGAAAGUUAUUCAAAUUGCAUGUUUCUGUUAAGGUUUCGUGUCAGUAAUAACCGUUUGGAAGGUUCUGUUCCAAAAGGACUCUUGAGUUUAUCACAUGUUUCAAUCAUUGAUUUGAGCAGCAACAAUCUGACCGGUCCGAUUCCCGAGAUCAACGGAAAUUCUAGAAACUUGUCUGAGCUUUUCCUUCAGAGGAACAAGAUUUCAGGACAAAUAACACCAACAAUCUCUAGUGCUUAUAACCUUGUCAAAAUUGAUUUCAGUUAUAACUUUCUUUCUGGUCCAAUUCCUUCUGAGAUUGGUAACCUUAGAAAGCUUAACUUGCUUAUGCUACAAGCAAACAAGCUGAACUCUUCUAUUCCUGAUUCAUUCUCUUCCUUGGAAUCACUCAACCUUCUAGAUCUUUCCAGUAAUCUCUUAACCGGAAACAUCCCUGAAAGCCUCUCUGUGUUGUUGCCUAAUUCUAUAAACUUUUCACACAAUCUUCUUUCUGGUCCUAUUCCUCCUAAAUUGAUUAAAGGAGGGUUAGUUGAAAGCUUUGCAGGGAAUCCUGGUUUAUGUGUGAUGAUGCCGGUUAAUGCUAAUUCAUCUGAUCAAAGAAACUUUCCAUUAUGUUCACAUGGUUACAAGAGUAAGAAGAUGAACACUAUAUGGGUGGCCGGUGUAUCUGUGAUUUUGAUUUUUGUAGGUGCUGCUUUGUUCUUGAAAAAAAGGUGUGGCAAAAAUGUGUCUGCGGUUGAACACGAAUACACACUCUCUUCAUCAUUUUUCUCUUAUGAUGUUAAGAGUUUUCACAUGAUUAGUUUUGAUCAAAGAGAGAUUGUUGAGUCUUUGGUUGAUAAGAAUAUAAUGGGACAUGGAGGGUCAGGGACAGUGUACAAAAUCGAGCUGAAAACCGGAGAUGUUGUGGCGGUUAAGAGGCUUUGGAGUCGAAGUUCGAAGGAUUCUUCGCCAGAAGAUGCAUUAUUUGUGGACAAGGCAUUGAAAGCUGAGGUGGAAACACUUGGAAGCAUAAGACACAAGAACAUUGUUAAGUUGUAUUGUUGCUUCUCAAGUUUGGAUUGUAGCUUGUUGGUUUAUGAGUAUAUGCCAAAUGGUACUUUGUAUGAUUCUCUUCACAAGGGUUGGAUUCAUUUGGAUUGGCCUACAAGGUAUAGGAUUGCACUUGGAAUUGCUCAGGGUGUUGCAUACCUUCACCAUGAUUUGGUUUUUCCUAUUAUCCAUAGAGAUAUUAAGUCAACAAAUAUUCUCUUGGAUGAAGAUUACCAUCCUAAGGUUGCAGAUUUUGGGAUUGCUAAGGUUUUGCAGGCAAGAGGAGCAAAGGAUUCCACAACCACGGUCAUUGCUGGAACUUAUGGUUACCUAGCCCCAGAAUAUGCAUAUUCACCAAGAGCAACCACAAAGUGUGAUGUGUACAGUUUUGGUGUGAUUUUGUUGGAAUUAUUAACUGGGAGGAAGCCAAUUGAGUCAGAAUUUGGAGAAAACAGAAACAUUGUAUUUUGGGUUGCAAACAAAGUUGAAGGCAAAGAAGGAGCUAGACCAAGUGAGGUUUUUGAUCCAAAGUUAUCAUGUUCAUUCAAAGAUGAUAUGGUUAAAGUAUUAAGGAUUGCCAUUAGAUGCAGCUACAAAGCACCAGCUAGUAGACCAACCAUGAAAGAAGUUGUUCAGCUUCUGAUUGAGGCAGAGCCAAGAAAAUCUGAUUCUUGCAAGUUGUCAACCAAAGACGUAUCGACAAAUGUCACCUUAGUAAAGAAAUCAUUUGAAUUAUAAUUAUUAAUAUCAUUAAGUAGCUUAAUUAAGGGGUAAGAGGGAGCAUAAAUCUAUAGUUUAGUAACAACUAAGAACAUAAGCAGUCUCUCUUUUGUUGUGAUGUGAUAUAAUAUAAAUGAGAGACUGGUUGUAAAGUGGAUAACAAAGUACCAUAAUGUUUUUGUUUUUAUCUAGACAAGUAAUUUGUAGAUUCUAUCUUUGACUCUUGUUA